CCGACCUCACCGCCCGGCCCACUCGGGCCUGUUUAGUUCCAACUCUUUGCGUCCCGCACCUCGUACAUUCUCCUUCUCCGUCUCACGCGAGAAUCCCCCCCCCCUCAAAGUUGUAUCGGCAUUCCGUUAUCACGCGGAACUCAUCCGAAUUUAGCACAGCGCAUGCUCCGACUGGGUGUGAGAUCACGCCUCCGCGUUAGCUCCCACCACAGAAUGUCGUCUACUUCCGCGUCCAUUCAUCUCUUCGACCCGAAAUCGCCUUCCUCCACGUCUGCCGCGGAUCUAUGGCCCGCCUCGAAAGCGAAAGCUCCCAAAGUCGGGGCCACGCGCGUGUUCUUCAACAACACCGGGGUGACUGCGCUGUCUUCCCUCGGACCGGACUACACAAAGAAGGGCACGGUGGCGAAACGAGAGGCCGUGCGCAGGUCGGUCGGCGGGGCUGUCAAUGAGGUCAAGCGCGUCGCGGACGAAGUGACGGAGCUUGUCGUGGACGCGGAGGCGGAUCCGCAUGCCGCUGCCGUCGCUGCGCAUCUGGCGUUGUAUAGUUUCUCCCUCAAAACGGAGCCACCGUCGCGCUUCAACCCGAACCUCGUCGAGCCCGUCGCAGAAAAGAUCGCGGUCAAACCCGCGCAGGGGUCUCCGGACUGGGAGCGCGGUGUCGUGUAUGCCGAGGCGCAAAACUUCGCGCGUACACUCAUGGAACUGCCUGGCAAUAUGAUGACACCGACGAUUUUUGCCGAGCGCAUGGUGAAGGAGUUUGCCGGGCUCGAAAACGUCGAAGUCAUCGUCCGCGACGAAGCUUGGGCUGAGGCCAAGGGCAUGAGGACCUUCCUCUCUGUCAGCCGCGGCAGCGCCGAACCCGCGAAAUUGGUCGAGAUACAUUACAAAGGUGCUGCUUCGCCCGAUGCACAACCCGUCGUGCUCGUUGGCAAGGGUAUCACGUUCGACACUGGUGGAAUCAGUAUCAAGCCCUCUGCGGCUAUGAAACUGAUGCGUGGAGACAUGGGUGGUGCUGCGGCUGUUGUUGCCGCCCUCAAGGCUAUCGCACAACUCAAGCUUCCCAUCAAUGUGGUGGUGCUUACGCCUCUUUCGGAGAACAUGCCGAGUGGUACUGCGACAAAACCCGGCGACAUCAUCUAUGCCAUGAACGGCAAGAGUAUCGAAGUGGACAACACAGAUGCCGAGGGAAGACUGGUGUUGGCUGAUGCCAUGUACUACGGGUCCACCGAAUUCAAUGCACACACCCUGAUCGACGUCGCGACACUCACUGGCGCGAUGGACAUUGCGUUGGGGGAAGUGUUCAGCGGAGUCUUCUCGUCGUCUGAUGCGUUGUGGGAAAAGCUCCACGCUGCGGGAGAAUCCGAAUACGACCGCUUCUGGAGGAUGCCGAUCGACGAAGACUACGGACCCCAGAUCUACUCUUCGAACGCGGAUCUCCAGAACACCGGUGGUCGGCCAGCCGGCAGCUGUACUGCUGCGCUCUUCCUCAAGGCUUUUGUAAAUGGGCUUGAGCCAGAGGAUGGGAAAGCACCGAUCGAGUGGGCUCACAUCGACAUUGCGGGAACCAUGGAAGCGACACGUCCCACGGCGUAUUUAGGCCGUGGUAUGACAGGCAGUUCUGUGCGGGGACUGGUCGAAUAUGCUCGAAGCCUAGCUCAGUGAUCUGUAGUAGUAGUCUGGAAGCACAAGAGACGACCCCAAUCGUUGGAGACACCUCGAAUUCACUUCAGCGCUCUGCAGGCGUCACGUUCCCCACAGAAAGUCUGACUUGGUCGUGCACGGCUAACGAUCAAUCAAGACGGUGCGAAUAAGUGUCGAAAGGAACCACGACUUCGCCCAAUUAUUCUUAGACUCGAGAGGCCCAGUGUUUCUUGCUGCUAUUGACUGAUCUGCGGCAGGACAACUUUUGCAGAUGCGUACCACC